ACAAUAGUAACACAUAACUGCGACCAUCCGAAACCUUAUACAAUUGGCAACUAGCAAAAAUGGGAUAGAAGUAGGUUCCAAAUGAGGACAUGUCAGCAAUCCAGCUUAAAUCUAAAAGAAGUUCAAAAAGGCUACUCAAACAUGUAAAUUCUAAACCCAGCCUAAGUACUGUGCCUACUGUUGAGGUUGGUCCUGAUGAGGACGGCCUUACAUAUCCUGAUCCUGCUCCACCAGUUUCAACUAAAUCACAAAUAUAUCAUCCAGAAGAAUUCUUCGAGAUAGAACAGCAUGUUCUUGAGGUCUCAUUGAAUGCAGCCAACGAUUAUUCAACAUUAUUGGACUAUUUAUUAAGUAAUCUUGAAAGCGACUUGGCUAAAGUGAGAGCAAUAUUCUGUUGGAUUGUUCAACAAAAAGUGCCUUUCCUGUUAUGUCAGAAGGAUAUACCGUCCCCUGAUACUCCUGUCGGUCACCUACACGCAAUACGGAUGCGUAAAGGAACAUAUGCUCAGUUAUUCGCAAUAAUGUGCAGGAAAGCUGGUCUACCUUGUGUAGUAAUACACGGUGUGGCUAAAGGUGUGAACUAUAAUGUUGGAGAUAAAAUUGAUACCGUCACUAUGAAGAACUCUUGGAAUGCCGUAUUUGUGGAAGGGAACUGGAGAAUAAUUCAUCCUCAUUGGUCGUUAAUGACUUCCAAUGGAUAUGAGACGGGGGCUUGGACAGUGGUAGACUGUCAAGAAUUUCAUACAGGCGACAGGAUAGGAAGUCGGUCAUACAUUGUCACUCCUAAGAUCAAUGAUUCCUAUUUCUUGAUAGAUCCAGAGAUGUUCAUCAUCAAAUGUUUGCCAAACGACUUUAAAUGGCAGCUACUUGAUGAUCCGAUUUCAAAGGCCGAUUUUGAAAAUAAGCUGUUUUUACAACCUAAUUUUUUUAAACUUGGGUUACAAAUCAUUGAACCAAAAUCUUGUAAAGUUCUAUGUAAUGAUGGAAAAAUAAAAAUUGUAAUACAAAUGCCAGAAAAAAUUAAAAGUAGACUGAAGUUUAGCUAUAAGCUAUUUAGGAAAAGGUAUCCUGAUGACGAGGGUGAAUAUACAUACCCCUCUCUUGAAAAGUUCGUUUUGCAUUAUUAUUCGAAGAAUGAAACUAUAUUUGAAGUGAGAUUUCCGCCUGUUUCUGUUGGCACUUACAAAAUGCAAAUCUUUUGUGUAGACAUAAACGAACAUGAGCAUAACAAUUCAGGAUGGGUCUGUGAUUUUUGUUUAGCAUGUAAAAAUGGCAUGGAUGAAUGUCUUCCUCUACCUCUAGUGCCGGAAAUAGGAUGGGGUGCAAGAGAGGAAUAUUUAGAAAAAUAUAAUAUGACAGCUUUAGCGGAAACAUCUGGAAAAGUCAACAUCGAUGAAUCCCUAGAGACAGUGUUUAAAUUUACUGUUGAUCCUGACAGUGAUAUUUACGCAGAGCUCUCUCAAUCAUUGAAAGCAAAAUCGGAGUUAUCAGACUGUGUAACAGUGGUGAAGAAUAAGGCCGAGGUUGUUGUAAAAGUGAAACCUCCUCAGGAAGGGGAGUAUGCUCUUCAAAUCUUUUGUAAAGAUACAGGAACAUUAAUGUAUGAAAAUGUUUGUAAUUACCUAUUAGAACGAACUGAAGUUGUUGAGGAACCUAAAAUGGCAGAAACUCGAAAAUUGCUGUUAGAAGCAGUUAGUAGUGGUUCACCAGAAAAUUUACAAGCAGCUCUUAAAGAAUUUGAAUUAAAAGGACUUAUAGACAAAGGAGAAUACACAAAGGCAAAACGAAAACUUCUUUUAUCAAGGUUAAAUAAAGAGAUUCGAGAAGCUAUAGCCGCCAAGGAUUUGGACACGCUAGAUAAAACUAUGCACAAUCUUAGUGAAACGUCACUGAAAAAGGAUCUUGGAUUGAUUUAUCAGGAUGCAGAAGAAUUGAGAUCGAGGCUGAGGAAGCUAAAAAGAUUACACCAUGCUGUGUUAGCCAUGGACCAGAAAACAAUAUCAGAACUAAGAAGUUAUCCCCAGCCACCAAACCCUGUUCAUGGUGUAAUGGCAGCAACAUUUCUUCUCCUGGGCCAUAAGGAAACAGAUCUCAAGAAAUGGGCCACCAUCCAAGGACUCAUAUCAAAAAGGGGAAAAGAAGGUCUGAAGAGAAAAGUUGCCAAUAUAAACAUUUCAAAACUUAAAAAGGCAAAUCUUCAAAAAGCAAAAUUUAUUCUUUCAAAAUAUGACCUGGAAUCUGUCCAGAUAGCAAGUUCUGGUGCUGCAACAUUUUAUCAAUGGGCUACAACUAUGAUAAAUGAAUAUGUCCCAGAAAGAGUACAAAGAAAAACCUAA